AUGCCCUCAGACAGGCGUGGUCGGGGCCGUGGUGGCUUAAGGCACGAUUCACUCUCGCGCUCUGUGCUUGUGUCCAAGGGUCUCUCCCGGUUGUUGAGACACGCCGCUGAACAAGAGCGGAUCCCAAUCGACAGCCACGGUUACGUGAGAAUGGAUCAUCUACUAGGGUGGAAGAGAUUGAAAAGCAUGCAGCCGCCGGUCACGUUCGAGGAAGUCGUCGAAGCGGUCGAAAACAGUGAGAAGAAACGGUUCGCUUUGAAAUAUGUCGCGAGAGAUCCAGGUCCAGCUGAAAGCACACCGGCAGUGGAUGCCCCAACCGCUUCUGAGACUAAUCAGGCGCCUGCUACUGAGGACGAUCUGGAGACGGAGACGCGAAAGGCAAUAUCGAUGUUCCAGUCGACAGUGGGAGACCCCAACACCAAAUGCUUCUUCAUCCGUGCAACGCAAGGCCACAGCAUGAAGGGCGUCGAGGCAGAGAAUCUCCUGAAGCCGAUCUCGCUCGAUGAUCCGGCCAGCGUCCCCGACACAGUCGUCCACGGGACAUUCUACGGGGCAUGGAGCCAUAUUCUGCAAACCGGCGGCCUAAAGAGCAUGACGAGGAAUCACGUGCACUUUGCGACGGGUCCCAGCCUCAGCCAAGUGCUCCCAGAGGAUGGCACGCAGAAACAGAAAGGAGGUCUGGGCCAGGUGAUGGGAGAAAACAAGGUCAUCAGCGGCAUGCGAAGCGAUGCCCAGAUCCUCAUAUACAUCGAUAUCCGGAAGGCGCUGCAAGAAGACAAAGACAUGAAGUGGUGGAGGAGCGAGAACGGCGUCAUCCUGACGGAUGGAAUUACGAUAGAAGUCGAAGGGGGAGGAAGCAUGAAAAUUGUGCCGACGAAAUACUGGUUGGCAGCCGCGGAGAUCAAGGAGAGACUUGGAUUGUUGUGGAAGCAAGGCCAUGGUGAAGAUGGCGUUGUACAGGAGCUGCCCUCGACGCUGCGGAGUCGGCCUGUCCCUAGAGGGAAAGGUGGUGGGCCGAGAGGGAGAGGUGGUGGCAGUGGCAGAGGGAGAGGGAACCAGAAAGAGGAAGUUCAAGGAAUUUGA